GAUCAGAAAAUCGUUCGGAUUGCUGUUGUGUAGCUCAGGUCCGUUUACUAAUAAGACCACUUAUUCAUAAUUUAGUUUAACAUUUAAUAAAACACUCAAAACAGGGUGCUGGGUAAUUUGGUAUUACAUUAUAUUCUCUUUGUGUGCUAUGUGGUGGAGGCUAAGUUUGUUCAAGUGUCUUUUUCCUUCAAACACUAUUGAAGAGUUCUCAUUUCAAAUUUGGCUACUUAAAUAUUUGUCAUACUUAACAAUAAAAUUUUGAUUGCUUAAAAGUCAACAUUGAACAGUUGUGCCACUUUAGUUUAUACUCAACAGAUUUCACAGGCUUUCUUCUAAAUAAAGAAAUCUUCUAAUUUCGAUUCUUUUCAAUGUUCUGGACUUUUUUUGAAUAUUUGAAAUGUCUCUGUAAUGACACAGUAACCAACUAGCAACAACCACACAAGCUGAAACACAUAGCACAAAGAUGAUUUUUUUCAAGACACCAAAUAGGAAUAAUGGGAUACAAAGUCAGACAUAAUCUGUCAUCAAGUUACCAACUUAUUCUAAUAAAAUUUAUUCAUAAGUUUAUAAUUGUAUAAGUUCUUUAUUUUGUUGUAGAGUGCAAACUCAAUAUCUUAGUGAGUAUCGAUUUUCAAUCCGGUGGAUUCUUUUUUCUGUGUUCUUUGUAUUCUAGUGUUUCAUGUAUGUUAAUUCUUAAGAAAUAAAAAAGAUUUUUGUAAACUUUUUGAAGUUUUGUCAAAAAUUCUCUGCUGCUCUGCUAUUAAAACUUUGAGUAUAGCAAAUUUGCAGAUACUUUUCGAGGUUAUGACACUUUGAAGUAAGCUUCUUGGGUUAUUUUGAUUACCAUAUAUAAUUCCGGAUAUGGAGUUUUCGCUUCCAUAUCAUGGGAAGCCAUGGAGAGUUGAGACUAGGAAAUUGUUAUUUUUUAUAGGAAUUAUCACUUGUGCUGCUUUCUCUGUUCAAAUUUUCUUAACCCCGUACGAGAAUGUAUUUCGUACUUUAUUUCUUGUGAAUAAUGCUCCAGCUGGAGAUUCUUCUCUUGAUAUUUCGAUGAUGGGUAUUUUUACGCCUUUUUAUGAUUCAUCUAUGGCCACUCCAAGCGAGAAUUGUACUGAGACUAUUGAUCCUGCUAAGAAGAUGCCUCAGAAAUCAAUAAAAACGAUGUUGGCUGAGAUGAUUCCAUCGAGUAAUCUCAUGAAGAGGACUUGGAUGAAGAUGCCUCCCAAUAGAAUAACAUCAAUAUCUGCAAUGAGUCGUUUAAUGCUUAAGAAUCUUGCUUCUUCUCAUUCAAUGGGACCAAAAUGGUCGUCAGAACAGGAUCGUGAAAUUCUUGCUGUAAAAUCAGAAAUUGAGAAUGCUCCUGUUAUGACGGACGAUAUAGAUCUCUAUGCUCCUAUUUACCGUAACCUUUCUACAUUUAGAAGGAGCUAUGAGUUGAUGGAAGAAACACUUAAAGUUUACAUUUACAAGGAAGGCGAAAAACCUUUUUUCCAUUACCCAAUACUUGAGGGAGUGUACGCAUCUGAAGGAUGGUUUAUGAAACAAAUGGAGGAAAACAAAAAAUUUGUUGUUCAGGACCCGACAAAAGCUCACCUAUUUUACUUACCUUUUAGUUCAGAAAGCAUUAGGUACAGUAGUUUGUAUGAUCGUAAAACACGCAGCAAGGCAAACUUUAUCAAGUUACUGAGUGACUACUUGGACACUAUCAAGGCAAAAUAUCCUUUCUGGAACAGAACUGGCGGAACAGAUCAUUUUUUUACUGCUUGCCAUGACUGGGCGCCAAUAAUGACAAGGCCAUUUAUGAAUCAAUGCAUCAGAGCUUUCUGCAAUUCUGAUGUCAAUGACGAUUUCGUGUUAGGAAAAGAUGUGCCUCUUGCUGAAACAUUGGUUCUUUCAAAAAGUGAUCUUCUCAAAGACAUAGGAGGGAAACCUCCUUCAGAGAGACAAACUCUGGCUUUCUUCGCAGGAAAUAUACACGGAUAUCUCCGCCCUAUCCUACUAAAAUUCUGGGAGAAUAAAGACCCUGACAUGCAAAUAUAUGGUAAGAUGAACAGCACUGUCACUGCAAAAAUGAAUUACAUCCAACGUAUGAAGUCCAGCAAGUACUGCAUUUCUGCCAAAGGGUACGAGGUGGCUAGUCCAAGGGUCGUGGAGGCCAUCUUUUUCGAGUGUGUCCCCGUGAUUAUCUCUGACAACUAUGUUCCUCCUUUCUUUGAGGUUUUGGAUUGGGAGUCGUUUGCGGUUUUUGUGGCAGAGAAAGAUAUUCCCAAUUUGAAGGAGAUACUCCUUUCAAUACCAGAGGAGAAGUAUAUAGAGAUGCAUAAGAGGGUGAAGAAGGUGCAACAACAUUUUCUUUGGCAUAAUGAACCAGUGAAAUACGACAUCUUUCACAUGACCCUUCAUUCUAUCUGGUAUAAUCGAGUUUUUCAGGUUUAACACUCGAUGAAAGUAUUGUAUAGUAUUUGAGAGUCUGAGACAGGAGUCGAUUCAUUCAUUCUAGUGAACAGUUAUAUGAACAUAACAGAUUGUAAACUUGUAAUCAGUAGUUGUUCAUGUGUAUAUCAAUAAAGCGGAAAGAUUUACAUAAA